AUGUGUUCUCGUUUGGUCUUUCGAUCUAUUCAAAAUUCUGUACCCUCAUUAAUUUAUAAUCGUUUUCUAUCUUUAACUCAAAUUCAAUCAACUGCUACAACAAAAUUAAAAGAAACAUCGACUAUAAAUGUUGAAAAAUCAUCAACACAAACUAAAAAAGAUAACAAAAAAACUGAGACAACAAUACCACAAGAUAAAACAGUAGAUUCUUCCACAACAACAACAAAUGUAUCUGAAUUAAAUAAAAUUUAUUCAGAAAAAAUUCAUCAAAUUGUUAAUGAAAUAAGUAAACUAUCGUUGGUUGAAGUCAUGGAUUUAAAUGAAUUAUUAAAAAAAACACUCAAUAUACAAGACGUGCCGAUUGUGGCAUCGGGAGGAGGCAGUGUUCUACCACCACCGGCCGCACCGGUACAAGAAGAAGAAGACGAAGGUGUUCGACCAACAUCUCAAGCCGUAUUUAAAGUACGUUUAAUUAAAUUUGAUGAAACAAAAAAAGUACCUGUGAUUAAACAAGUAAAAGACGUUGUGGAAAAUAUCAAUCUUGUUCAAGCAAAAAAAUUAGUUGAAUCAAUACCUCAAAUUCUACGUGAUAAUUUAAGUAAAGCAGAUGCUGAAAGAAUGAAAGCAAAAAUUGAAGCAGCUGGUGGUAUGGAAGCCAAGAUAACUGAAGCAGUACGACAAAAAGGAAAUUUACAAAAUUUUGUUGAUCAAUAUGGAAAAUUAUUAGAAAAACGACCACAAAAUGCAAAUGAAAUAUAUCGUAGUACAGCAGAAGCUUUAUCUCAUGAAUUCGAUCAAGAUUAUUCAAAAAUAACUGGUUAUAUUCAAACAAAAAUUGAUUGGCCACUUUCAUUUAAACGUUUACUUCUUCAUCGUGUUCAAAGAGAUUUAUCUGAUAAUCAGGGUAAACUUGAUAAUAUCGCUAAUUUUGUAUUUGAUCCAACAGCAAGUAUCAAACAAAAUCGUCGUUUUCAUAUAUUUAUUCCAACAAUUGCUUCAGUUGAACGGCAAUAUGGUUCUGGUGUUAGUGCAUUAUUUCAUCUUCAAACUGGAUUUUUUCUUAUUAAUUUAUUAACAUUAAUUGUUUGGCUUGCAUUAAUCAUUAUACCAUAUAAUAUUUUAAAAUCAUCAACAACAUCUUCAAAUGUUACAUUUACAUUUUCAUCAAUAUUUACUACAAAAGGUUAUUUAUCUGAAACAAUUCUUUUUCAAGGUUCUUAUCCUAAAGAAAUAAUAGAUGAGAAAUAUAAUUUAUCAUUAAUAUAUUUAAUAACAACAUAUAUUUAUUUUAUUAUUUGGUUUAUUUUUAUUACAAUACGUUUUGCAAUAACAUAUAAACGAAAAUUAUUUGAUUCAAUAUUAAGUGCUAAACUUGGUAUAGGAUUUAUGUGUACAUUUGCACGACAUGAUUAUACAAUUAAAACAGAUAAAGAAAAACAAAAACAUAUGACAGCUUUUCAUAGACAAUUUCUAGAUUUAAUUGAAAAUGAUGAAAGAAUUGAAUCAAAUCAUCAGAAUCAAAAUAAAAUUCGUGGAUAUAAAAUUAAAAUGGUUAUAAAAAAUUUAUUGUACAUUUUAUUAGCUAUUGGAUUAGGUGCUAUCAAUUGGCUAAUUUUAUCUUCUUGUGAUAAUCCAACUAUUGAUUGUUCGGGAUCAAUUAUUUAUGUAGCUUUCAUCAAUCGAUUAAUACCAUAUUUUAUUGUUCUUCUUGCACAAGUUGAACAUUUUCAAUAUUUAGCUGAUAAAUUAGAUACUGUUGGAUUUAGAUGUAUUCUUAUGAACAUAUGUACGAUGUUAUCCUUUACUAUAUAUUUUUUUGUUAAUGCACCUUUAUGUUAUGAAACAGCUUAUGGUCAAUAUAUCUAUAUACUUUUAUUAUCAGAUUUAUUUGCAUCAUUAAUUUUUCCAAUUUUAUUUGGUAUUUUAUUCGAUAUAAUGUGUGGUAAAAAGAGUCUCAAUUUCGAUGGUAUUAAUCUACAUGUUCAAUUAAGUCCACCUGUAUUACUCUAUAGUCAAUUUCUUAUAUGGCUUGGAAUUUAUUUUUCUCCACUUAUAUCAAUAAUGAUAUUAAUAAAUAUAUUAUUUUCAUUUAUUUCCCAUCGUUUAUAUAUAUAUAUUCGUUCACUUGGUUCAAGUUCCUAUAAACGUGUUCUUUUUUGGAAUGCUCAUCGUCUUGAAUAUAUGAUAUAUUUAUUGGCAUAUAUUAUUUUAAUAGUAAGUGUAACAUGUGUUGUUGUAUUUACAACACAAAUAAAACCAAGUGAAAAUUGUGGACCAUUUCGUCAAUUGAAUGUUUCAUAUGAAGUUAUUGAAGUUUUUUCAAAUGAAUAUCAAUCAUCUGUCUUAUGGAUAUCAAUUAUUAAUUUUUUAACAUCACCUGGUUUUAUUUAUUUUCUUGGUGCUAUAUUUUUUGUUGUUGCUUAUAAAUUAAGACAUGAAGAAUUAGCUGAAAAACAAAUUGUAUUCAUACGUAAUAGUAGUCUUACAAAUAAAAAAAAAUUACGAGAAAAAACAGUGAAAAAAUUACAUCAACAAAAAAAGAUUAAAAAAGAAAAACGAAAACAUGUUAAACCAAAAACAUAUGAUGAUGACAAUAAUAUUGACAGAGACGAACAAUUUUAA